AUGGAAGAGCUAGGAAGAGAGUUGAAGAAAUUGAGGUGGGAAAUGACAAGGCGACUGAGGGAAGUCGGAGAGAGACUAAGAGGCUUGGAAGAGAGGUUAGAGGCGCUGGAAGGAGAAGGUCUGAGAAGGGAAGAAGAGAUAGCAGGUGAGAGGGAGGAGCUGAGGAGUAUGCGGGAAGCGAGAGGAAGAGGCAGUGGAAAAGAGGAAGCGCAAAGGGACAGCGACGAAGAAGGAGAGAGGGAGAAGAAGAGGAUCGGACAGGACGACAGGAGAGAGGGUAGGAGAGGGAAAAAGGAACAGUUGGAUGGAGAGAAGAGGGAGGAGAGGAUGGGGGAAGGCGAGAACGAGAGGAGAAGAGAAAAGAGGGAAGAGGAGGGGAGGGGGCGGAAGGACAGAGACGAGGAGAGCUGGUGGCAGGAGUCGAGAAGAGAAGAAGAGAAGGAGUGGCGAGGGGGCGAGGAGAGAGACGAGGAGGAAGGAAGCAGCCAAGAGGGGAGGAAAGUGAAGGAGGGACAGGCAGGAGGAGCUGGCAGGGAGGAGAGGAAGAGCGCAGAGAGAGCGGAGGAGGAAGAGGGGGAGAGAAAUGGGAACGGUGAUGGAAGAGACGGAGGAGAUAAGGAGAGAGACGUGGAAGGGGAGAUGAGUGGUGAGAAAGAAGCAGGAGAAGCAGGAGGGAAGGAGAGAAGGAGAGAAAGCCUGAAGAAGAUGGAGAAGGUAAAGCAGGGAGAGCAGAGGAAGUCAGGAGAAAAAGAGGAGGAGGAGAGGUCCCAGAAGGAAAAAGGAAGGAGAGGUUUGAAGAGAGGUUGA